UCUAGUUCUCGUUCUUCCUACUACACUAAAAUCCCAAACACCACCCCUACGAACAAAGUAGCAGCAAUGGACAGGAAAAGGAGCAGAGAGGAGAGAGAAAGAGUAGUCGGAGGCGCCGGCGACCCUCCUCCCAGAUCUUCUGGCCGCCCUCUUCCACCGCCUCCCCCUCUUCCGGCUCGGGGAUUUCCCGGUCCCCCUCCACAACGUGCCCGCUUCCAGCCCGUGGACCGCGAGAAGACUUGUCCGUUAUUGCUUCGUGUUUUCACUAAGAUUGGAGGUCACCAUACCCAAGAAGAUUUUUCAGUGAGAGGCAAGGAACCCAAGGACGAGGUUCAAAUUUACACCUGGAUGGAUGCUACACUUAGAGAGAUGACUGAUCUCGUGAAGGAAGUAUCUCCAGCUGCCAGAAGACGAGAUGCAAAAUUGUCAUUUGCAGUUGUAUAUCCUGAUAAAAAUGGGCGUAUGCAAGUAAAGAAGGUGGGUGAAACCUUCUCGAAUGCAAAUAAGAGACGCUUAGAUGACAACAAGGCUUUGGCUGAGAUAUACUUUCAGAUCGGAGAUUACUUGGAUGUAUCAAUCGAGUAGAGCAGGGAUGGCAGCCGUUGCACAAUGUUACCGAGGCUUUGAUUGCUCUCAGCCAGUGUACAACUAUUUCAUUAUGCAUAGUUGAGUCAGGGUUUGUUAUGCCUGAAAAAUGACAUGUAGAGUAGAACCAUGACAAAUCAUUUCUUAAGUUACCUUGUAUUCAAAUUUUAAUAUUAAUAUGAAACCCUUAUCGAUUGAUUUUCCA